AUGAAUGGCGGAACAGAUUAUCGUCGGUUUCUUUCUGCUCAUUUACAAUAUCUCCAAGGACUAUGUCAACUUUCAAUAGACUCAGCGAAUAAUUCAAUCCAUGAGUUUCUCACUUCAUUAUUAGUUAUUACCGAACUUUUACCAAAGGAUAAUUUUGAUGAUCGCCUCACGAGCUUAAUUGAACAAAGCAAAUUGAAAGCUCCGACUUUGUUGUCUACUCUUCUUCUUUUCACUCAAAGUAUUAUACAUGGAAAUGCCUUCCAAUCAACUUAUGGAACAAAUUUCCAAUAUAUUUAUGUAGAUGGAAAUGUAGCACUUCCUGAAGCCGAACAAGCGUUCAUAUAUGAUGAUGAUUGUUCUUGUGAUGCUUCUCCGAGUUGUACAACUCAAGCCAGUUUUAUUCAGGUGAACUCCUCCCAGAACGCUUCCGUCAAAGGAAUGAAAAUGGGAUGUACGCCAAGUGAGUCACUGCUUGCUUCGACUCUCGAGUGUUUUUACGAUCAAUCAUGUUUGGAUCUUAUUCAAAACUAUACUAAUUCUCGUAAUUCAUCAAACCCUCUUUCGACAACAUCGAGCCGUUUUUCACAAAACACAACAGUCGAUGAACUUCGACAGAAUCUGUUUAUAGAAGAAUGGUCAACCGCAAUGAAUUAUUCGUCUUAUUAUGCACAAUGUUCGCCUUCAGUCUGUUCUUAUACAAGUGUUGCGCAAUUUAAUAUUCUAUACACAAUCACUCUUAUCCUUGGUCUUCAAGGCGGUUUGACUAUUGUUCUCAAAUGGAUUUGUCCAAAACUCGUUCGAAUUGGAUCAAAGAUCUAUUAUAAUCGGAAAAAGCGAGCAUCUUCUAUCCAUCCUGUUGACGUUCUUGAAAUGUCAUCCAGUAUAACGAAUAAGACAGUCAUUCAAAAUACAACUUCAAAUCUUGAGAAUAGACCAAUGGAAACACCAUCUCAGAAGGAUUUUGCAUUACACAGUCGAUGGUAUUUCAAGACGAUGUUCAUCGUUGUAUCAGUGACAUGCUUAUUAGUUGGUAUAGCUAUUUUUUCAAUUUAUUACGCUCGACAAGGUUCGACGACAACCACACCAACCAGCGGCAAUUUAAACACAAUGCUAACCACAAUUACAUCAACAACUUCUAGUGUUUCAGGAUCAACAUGCCAAUUAAAAGUUAAACGACAAUCAAUUAAUAUACAGUGUGCAUUCUCGACUAUCAGCAUAUAUAAAAUUGCUGAUGUAAACAAUGAUAAUCGAGUUGAUCUUAUCUUUUGCUGUGAUAAUAGUUCCACAGUGAACGUCUUAUUAGCAAAUUCGAACGGUUCGUUUGGAGAAGUGAUACCAAUUUAUGUAGGUGGAGAUAUAAUUAAGAUCUAUGUUGACGACAUGAACAAUGAUGGUGUAGUCGAUCUAAUUGUGUUAUGCUACAUCCAGUACCUCAAUUUGAUCUUAUUCUUAUUUGGCAAUGGUGAUGGAACUUUCCAAUUAGCAAACAUACCGUAUAUUUGGCUGAUUUCAUCUCCAGCUGAUGUUAGCGUAGCCGAUAUUAACAAGGACAAUAUCCUGGAUAUCACCGUCACAUUCCGGUAUUUUGAUGCUGUUUAUGUUUUUUAUGGAUACGGCAAUGGAUCAUUUUCAUCAAGUUCAAUGCUAUUCAUAGAACUUACUAGUGAUCCGCAGCAACUAGCUGCCGGUGAUUUCGACAAUGAUGGCUAUACAGAUAUUGCCGUGUUAAACAGUCGGUCUCUCCAUAUUCAUGUAUUUUUGAGAAAUUCCAAUGGAAGCUUUCCAUUACCGACAUGGCUAUACACUGCAUACGAUAUUAAUCAAUAUCGAAUGCUAGCUGGUGAUUUCGAUAAUGACCAUCAAUCCGAUAUUGUAUAUUUCCAUAGCUGGGAAAAUACAGAAUUAAUACUAUAUCGAUAUAACAAUGGUGCUUUUCAUACUGAUCAGCAAAUUGUCAUAGAUACUUCAGUAUUAUUAAAUUCAAAGCCAAUAGUUAUACACGAUAUCAAUAAUGAUAAUUACUCAGACAUCAUUAUUGGUUCACUUUUAUCGGAUGAAAUUUAUGGUCUUCUAGCAGACGGAAGCGGACAUUUUCAAACACAAACUUUUUAUUCAAGGCUACUUAUUAAUUCUUCAUAUGACAUCAACGACUUUAAUGACAGUUCUUGUCAUGAAAUAAUCAAUAUGAGCAUAAUUAACAAUACUUUAUAUAUUCUUUUCAAUACAUGUCAAUGUCCAACAUAA